UCACUUUAACUUGAAUAGUUUCACGGUUGACUCAGUUUCACCACAAACUCGGGCCUACGAUUCCAUACCAGUGUACUGAUAAACAUCAUUGGUAGUAAUUAUUAUCAAUAAAACACCAGUAAAAGUAUUCACUUAGUGAUUAUCAACAUCAAAAAGUACAUUCUACUUAACUAAAAUGGUUGUUCAAAUCAAAACACUGGAAGAGUUUAAAGAAAAACUUGCUGAAGCUGGAGAUAAACUUGUUGUCGUUGAUUUCUAUGCUACUUGGUGUGGUCCAUGUAAAGUGAUUUCUCCAAAAUUUGAGGAAUUUUCCAAUGAAUUCACUGAUGUUAUCUUCUACAAAGUAGACGUUGACGAAGGUGAAACAAUUGCUACUGAGUACGAGAUCGAAAGCAUGCCGACAUUUAUUUUCUUUAAAAACCAGAAAAAAAUUGAUUCAAUGAUUGGUGCUAGUAUCGAGAAAUUAAAGACAUUGCUUAAUAAACAUCAUUAAUUAUACCAAUAAUUAUUGAAAUAAACUUUAAAAAAAUCUACAAAAAUGCAACUAUCAAUUGUUAGA